GGCUUGAAUGGGACUCCGGUAGUUAAACGGACCAUCAAUAUUCCUCCUACAAGACGACCUCUCAGCGCAAUUUCGGGCACUAAUUUUCCCCCUUUCAACGCCAUUGUUUAAUUUCACAGUACAAAACCAAAACAAUGUUGGAGAAACACAAAGAAAGGAAAAGCCAUGGAUAGUUCAAAGCAACAGGGCUGGGGAAGAUAUCAAUUCUUCUGUGAAAACAUUGGGCAAAUUUGCUGGAAGGCCUUCAAAGGAGGCGGCGGCUUGAUUCUGUGUGGGUGGGCGGUUUAUGUGUUUUUCUUGGUUUUAUCAACGCACCCCUGUUGGCAAUAUUCAGGGUGCCUGCCGGCCGGAUUACUGCGGGGGCGGAUAAAUCUGUUAGAGAAGGUGAUUAAUGAAGAGGAAUCUGCUACGACUGGUUUGGAGCACAUUGUGUUCGGCAUAGCGGGUUCUGCUCAGAAAUGGAGGGAGAGAAAACCAUUUAUAGAAUUGUGGUGGCGCCCCGGGCAGACCCGCGGGUUCGUUUGGCUGGACCGACCUGUCAAUGAGACGGAUCCGCAGCCACCGGUGAGAAUUUCGGAGGAUACAUCUAGAUUUAAUUACACUCAUCCUCGCGGGUCUCGCUCUGCAAUUCGGAUUUCCCGAAUUGUGUCGGAGAGCUUUAGGUUGGGGUUGCCCAAUGUCAGGUGGUUUGUUAUGGGGGAUGAUGAUACGGUGUUUAUUCCGGAGAAUUUGGUAAGGGUACUGAGUAAAUAUGAUCAUAGGCAGAUGUAUUAUAUCGGGAGCAAUUCGGAAUCCACGGAGCAGAAUGUGGUGCAUUCUUAUGGGAUGGCUUAUGGGGGAGGAGGAUUUGCGAUUAGUUAUCCCCUGGCGAAGGCUCUGGCUCGGGUGCAGGACGAUUGCCUGGUUCGAUAUCCUGAUCUUUAUGGAAGUGACCAGCGUGUACAGGCUUGUUUGGCGGAGCUUGGAGUUCCCCUUACGAAAGAGCCCGGAUUUCAUCAGUUUGACAUCCAUGGAAAUCUGUUCGGCCUGUUAGCGGCGCACCCGGUGGCGCCGCUCAUCUCUCUCCACCAUCUAGACAGUGUGGCGUCGGUUUUCCCCAAUAUGAACAGAACGGCUGCACUGCGGCACCUGAUGAAAGCCGCCGAGGUGGACCCAGAGCGCCUCCUCCAGCAGAGCAUCUGCUAUGACAGGCGGCGCAACUGGACAGUAUCCGUCUCCUGGGGCUACUGUGUACAAAUCUUGGACAAAAUAGAGCUUCCCAGGGUUCUAGAAUACCCUCUGCAGACCUUCCUGACAUGGGGCAACUCUGCCCGGAAAUCAUCCUUUCUCUUCAACACCCGCACAGUGGCCAGAAACCCCUGUGAGAGGCCCACCGUUGUAUUCCUCAAAGACAUCAUUAAAACCAAUCUCACCCAUCUGGUUGGAACCACUUACACCAAAAGGGCCAUGGACUGGGUUAAAAUGAAUUGCAGCUGGAGCCCCAAUGACCCCGAAUCGCUGCAGAACAUUCGGGUGGUGUCACCCAAAUUGCAGCAUGAUUGGACACGGGCUCCAAGGCGGCAAUGCUGUGAAGUGACCUCAUCAGAUACCCAUGGAAUGGAAAUCAAAAUUCGAAAUUGUGCCAAUGAUGAAACCGUGUUUACGCCAUCAUAAUCAUCAUACCCACAAAGCGCACUGAGUUCCUGAUCUUGUUUACUAUAAUGUGGGGGACCGUUUUGUUCUGUCGCUUCUUCUCUGUGCUGUAAUGGCCUUCAGAUGAGACAUAGCUUGAAGCUCCAGGUACACCAUAUUCAACAGUAAUGGCGCCCAAAGGAAUCCUGAAAAGGGUAAAAAAGUUUUGUAUGGAAAUUUAUGAAAUACGCAGAAGGUCUUUCAUGUAUGUUUUAAUGAAGUUGUGGACCUUCGAUUCUUUCCUCGACAAGGCAUUUGGGUGUGUUAGGAUUUUUCCUCUUUUGCUUUAGGCCACUAGGAGAUUGCCAUUGGACAUAGAUCCAACGGUCAUAUUUCGUUUUGGUCUCUUGGUCUCUUUUUCUUUCAUACUAAAAGUUGUGGACUGUCUUUUGCCACAUGUCCUCCUUUUGAUAUUGAUUGAAUAGGAUGCUGGGGUGUUAUUUUA